GCCGGCGAGAGACGGGGGAGAAUGAGCGAGCGAGCUCUGGAAAGUUCUUCCGCCUCGCCUCCCUCUCGGUCUUCUCCCUCGUCAAUAUCGAUACUCUGUCCGAAUCCUAGUUGCAUGGUCUCAUUCGUGUUCCAGCCGUUGAGCGCUGAGCUUCUGCGGGGGCUUUUUCCGCCUAGUGUGUGUGAGAGUUACUUAGCUCCUGUGGCAGUCCUUUUUUAUUACUCGUGUGUUCCGUCGCAUUCGCGUUCGUGCGUGUUUUCGAGAAUGGUGCAAUCCGCUGCAGGCAUGGAGGUUCCUUUCUACGAGCAGUUGUUUGCGGAACUCAUCGUACUUGAACGAGAAGAAAUUGGAGAUGGAAAAGACGACGAUCAUUCGAACUAUUCCGGGUUCGGAGCUGGCGGCGAUGCUUCUGAAAUCGCCCGCAGGAAGGUUCGGCGCCGGAAGAAGCGGCUUGGCUCGUCUCUGUCCAUCGCGACGUUCAAGGACUCGUACCGACUAACUGGAGAACUACUUGGGGAAGGCGCCUACGCUUCUGUUCAGACUUGCGUUAACCGCGCGAACGGAGCAGAGUUCGCCGUCAAGAUCAUCGAGAAGGGUGCGGGCCACAGUCGAUCGAGAGUGUUCAAAGAGAUCGAGAUCUUCCACCACUGCAAGGGACAUCACAACAUCAUCCAGUUGAUCGAGUACUUUGAGGAGGAUGACCGAUUCUACCUCGUGUUCGAGAAGAUUCGUGGCGGGCCGUUGCUCAUGCAUAUCCAGCGGCGGGUCCACUUCACGGAGCAUGAAGCGUCGCUCAUCAUCCGUGACUUGGCCAACGCACUGGCAUUCUUGCAUGAAAAGGGAAUCGCGCACCGGGACUUGAAACCGGAGAACAUCUUGUGUGCUGAUCCCGAAAAGUUGCUUCCCGUCAAAAUCUGCGAUUUCGACCUCGGAUCGGGCAUAAAGCUCAACUCUAAUCUCACUUCUUUUAUUUCUACCCCGGAACUCCUGACUCCGGUCGGGAGCGCAGAAUACAUGGCCCCCGAGGUGGUGGAAGCGUUCAACGGCCGAGAUGCGAAUGUUUACGACAAGCGGUGUGACCUGUGGUCGCUGGGCGUGAUCGCGUACAUCUUGCUGUGUGGCUACCCUCCGUUUUACGGCAAUUGUGGCACGGAUUGUGGCUGGGAGCGCGGCGAGGCGUGUUACGCAUGCCAGGAGAUGUUGUUUGAGUCUAUUCAAGACGGCUGCUACGACUUUCCCGAGUCUGAGUGGGCGGACAUCUCCGAGGAUGCUCGCAACCUUAUCGGGCACUUGCUUGUCAAGGAUGCUCAGCAGCGGUUCUCUGCGGCCGAGGUACUCAACCAUCCCUGGGUGGUUGACGGUGGCGCCAAGACGCUGCUGGACACUCCGAGGAUCAUGCGCAGAAACAACAGCGCGAAGGAAUUGUCAGCGUUCGCCGAGAGUGCCAUGCACAUGAACAGAGUGAUCUGGCAGCACAUGAGCGUGAACAUGUGCUUCGAUCGAAUGGCGAGUGUGCAAGAAAUAGCGGAGGACCCGCUGGCCGAAGAUGCCGAGACGUCGCCUCCACGCCAAGGCGUCAUCAUCAACGUGAUCGACAACCAAAACCGGUACCGGACGUACUCGUGCUCCAGUGGCACUUCCUUGACGCCAUCGCCGCCGAGUCCGUCUGCGAUGCCCUUUGGGCUUUCUCCGCCCGGGGACUCGAACCUUGCCAAGAGGCGGUUGGGCAAGGCCAGGAGUUUGACGAAAGAAGCCGUCUUGGGCUGAAUGAGGGAAGAAGAGAGAGGAAAGCAAUUGUUGCUAAGAUUUUUUUUUUCAUGUCCACGUGAGAAAAAAGGGGGUGUGGUGUGGGUGUUGAUUCUGAUAUCCAGCAUUUUGUUCUUUUCUCCUCUGGGUUCGAUUUUUUUGAUUAAUUCAUCGCGGUGGCUGGUGGGCAAUGCAGGGGAGGACUUAACAGCAUAAUUUCUCGCAAGUACAGUUGUGUACUGUAAUUUUUCUGAAGAAGGAACGUUUAGGCCUCUCGAGGAAAUAAUCAUUGAGGCUCUUGUGUUUUCAGGAUAGGGAAGAGAAAUGUAAUUCAAAAAUUGAAGGAUAGGUGAGAAUGUUAUGCCUAUAAUGGCUCUUAAAUUUGACAGGCCUCAAGCUCUCUUCGUGGUUCCAUGUUCAUUACGGUCAUUUUUAAAUUGAAGAAAAAAAGCAAAAACUCGUUGUCCGAUAUACUCAGGAAAGUGCAUUCGCUCACAAUUUAGGAUUUAACUUAAUGUACGCUAAAACUUCUUGGAAUUGAGGGGAGAUUUUGGUAGACUCGAUGGAGAAAUUUGGAGGUAUUGUUUGUAACGGACGGAAUUGUUGAGUAAAAGGAAGUUCUAUCUUGAGUGCGUGAGACGUGAAUCAGCUUAGGUAAUCGUUCCCAUCUGCGCGAUUCGCUUCUGAGCGUUUUGUCAAAUCGUGUUUCGGGCGUGGUUGUUGUGGGAUGGGCAACAAUUUGUGCCUGUUGGUUCCUGUUUAGCGUUCUUGGGAAGAAGUUUUAGGGAGGGAGAGAGCGGGGCUCUGGUUCUGCGCGCGGAGGUACAACAUUAACUAGAGCAUUGUGCCCUGGUUCUCUGCAAGUGAUGUUCUUUUUUUUUGGAUGAAUUUACGGGAUAAGUGAACGCCUUGAGGGAGCUGAGGGGGUGG